AUGACGGAUACAACAGCAACACCCGCACAGCCGGUAGAGAAGGUAUCCGAUGUGAUUAAAAAUUAUAGACCCACGAAGGCAUUCAGGGGAAAUCCAAAGGCUGAUAAGCAGGUUAAUGUAACUUCGUUAGAUUUCGACGAUCAGGGGGAUUAUCUAGUUGCGUCCGGCGAGGAUGAAAUGAUCCAAGUUUUCGACGUAAAGGAGGGGAAAUCCACAAAGACUGUUCCCAGCAAGAAAUACGGCGUACAUCUUGCUAGAUUCACUCAUCACUCACGGCAGAUUCUUCAUGCUAGUACAAAGCUUGAUGAUUCACUCCGGCUGCUCGAUCUUCACAACGAAAGCUACCUUCGGUAUUUCACCGGCCAUACAGAUAAAGUGGUUUCCCUCGCGGUAUCUCCAGGGACCGACGCAUUUCUAUCCUGCUCGAAAGAUGAUACCGUUGCUUUUUGGGAUCUUAAUUCCAGGAAUGCUCAGGGUAAACUUAAGUUGGCUACUCCGUACCUUGCGGCUUUCGAUCCCUCCGGAAGUGUUAUUGCCAUCGCUUCACAAUCCACUUCUUUUGUUCUACUCUAUGAUUUCCGGAACUAUGACAAGGCGCCGUUUGCAUCCUUUGAUCUCUCCCCUCUUGAAGACCGAUAUACCCCAACAACUAAAGGACGUGCCUGGACACGCCUGGAAUUCUCAAACGACGGGAAAAGCUUGUUAAUCGGAACUGACUAUCACGGCCAUUUCGUUCUUGAUGCUUUUGAGGGCAAUCUUAAGGCAUUUUUGGUUGGGAAGCAUGGACCAACAGGCCGGGCUGCGCCAGUUUCUACCACUGGGAAGCCUCCCGGCCAGGGUGAUGUGUGUCUCACUCCUGAUGGCAGAUAUGCAAUAGGAGGCGCAGGAGAGCAGCCAGAUACCUUGGUCUGGGAUCUACAUCAACCUCCAGAUGCGAAAUUUUUUCUUGAACCAAUGACCCGCUUACCUUACUAUCGAUCACGCACUACGCUAGUCCAGGCGAACCCUCGAUUCAACAUGUUUGCAACUGCGGAUAAGGAAAUUGUUUUCUGGCUUCCAGAGGACUCUACCAAGAUGGCUGAAAAAUGA